UGAGGAAUGACGAUGCUGCCGUUGAUACUCGUAGUCCAAUAAGCGAACCUGAUGCAGCUCCUUUUCCACGUCAGAUAGAUCACAUUGCAGUUUCGAGUAUGCUCAAUGCACAGGUGAAAUUGAAUUUUGUGGAUCCAAACUUUUGGCUUUUGGCACGUCGGUGGUGCGAGAGCGACGAUAAUCUUCGGACCUGUACACCGCAGUCCCUGUCGCUGCUGAUGCACGCGUUUGCCAAGGCAGAUCGGCGUAGAUGGCUCCUUGCUCCCCCUCAGAGCAUGAACGAGGGGUUCUCCAGUGACGCUUCAGGAAGCGCGCCUACCUUGACAUCCGAGAGCCAACAAGAAGAUACUGCUAACAGGCAGCAAGGUCAUUCAUCUUCACUCACUAUGGCCUCGUCAGAUCGAGAGGCGCUCCUGCAACUCGCCGUGCUAUUUCGGAGAUUUGUGCCGUUCGUCAUCGCGUCUGCGUCAGAUGCAACAGCGCAGAACCUGUGCAAUGCAGUCGGAGCUGUCGCAGCAAUAGGUUAAGGUGAGCGAUCCUAUUAGAUUUGAUAAAAUGACAGUAUUUUUGCAGCGCGAAGUGGUGUCAUCAAUAUUGUGAAUGAGCGAUGGAAAAUUUCGUGGAAGAAUCUCUCCAUAGCUCUUCGUCGAGAACGGAAGACGAAUCCGGUUACCCUUCUAAUGAGUGCACACCGACGAGCGUUUAUUCCAAGCCUGCGCAGAUCAGUUCUUGCGGCUAUUGCGGACAAACAGGGUAGUACCACAAGAUGUUGCCAACAUGUCGACAGCGUUCUCGCGAACAGCCGACUUGCAGAACAAUGCAUUGGUAUUAGCUCUAGCUCAGUAUCGUUAUUUGCAGCUGGGGUCGAGCAAGACUCCAUCCGCAACAUCAAGUACAAAAGCGGUUUCGGGCAUGCGGCCAUUCGAGCUGUCCGCGUAUUACAAUGCGCUUGCGGUGUUUUAUCAUUAUCAUGGUCGAAAUAAAGAAGCAAAGAGUGCCGAGAUCGCACGUGCUAUUGAAAAAACGUUUCACGACUUUCAGAACGACAUAUUUCUGGAUCCUCCCGCAUCAACGUCGGAACUAGCAGUUGCUCUAAACGCCUACGCUAAGAUCUUUUCACAGAAACAGGCUUCACAGAGUGCGUUUCAACCACCCACGGUUACGCUGUAUAACGCUGAGUCGGUACUACCGUCGCCUCCCUCAUCGGCCGCCAACGCAGACGCAUCUACCAGUAACAAAAUCGAAUUGUCUGCAGAGGACUCGCUGUCGGAUAGCAUCGUCAAGCGCAUACUCCUGCAUCGGCCUCAGCUGUUCCAAGGAGUGCCAUUUGUGCUAGCUUUUGGCGCGUGUGCGUCGUUGCGAAUCGACUUUGCACGGGAUGCGAAAAUCAUGCAGCGGUGGCGUGCUGGUUUCCAUAAUCUCGAAAACUGCACGUCAUUAGAUGCACUGCACACGAGCACACUUUUAUGACGAAGAUGUCUCUCUCGCAGGAAAAAAAAGAAGGCAUGGCGAGUACAUAAAACCCAUGCGAUACCAUCAGAAAUAUACUUUUUAUGAUAUGAAGAAGUCACAUUUGGAGUUGCUAUGGUUAUUUGUCAUUGGUAAGUAGUAUCCUGGAUUCUUCGUCUAACUUGUGUGAGCGGGCUAGCGAGGAUGCGACAAAGCACUUACACCCAAGAAUGGCUGCGACUUGCAUUGGAACAGAUGGUUGGAAGUUCUAAUGGUGCGCACCCUCUUAAGGUGGAUGGUGCAGAUCAUGCGCCUCUGCGGAAGUCUGAGAGGCGGUUCCGUCCGAAUUCUGGAUUGAACGAACUCACGACGAAGAGAGCGGCGAUGUUUCCUUCGGUGGCGGCAGUACUCUUUCACGCUUUGUCAUCAUUGUUGAGUCGCAUGGCACCGGAACUAAAGGCGGAAAAGUUUUCAGAUUCAGGUCGUGUUGUAAAGUCGACGAAUGAGGCAUGCUCAGAUCCUGGUGAUGAGUCAUUAGCGACGAGCCUGGGCGAAGAUGGCAACACAAGCAAUGGGGUCACUUCAGCUUCAAAUCCGACAAGACAUGCAAAUAGAAGACCGGUCUUGUGUAGAAAACUGUAUUCAACAGUGCUGCAGCGGUGCUUGGAAGAUUUGCGGUUUGACAACAAGGAACCUGAGCGCCUGCGAAGACAAAUGCUGCAGUUAAGACGCUGAAAUUGAUGGAAGAGAUCAAGUUGAACAACGAGAACAGCGUUUUGAAUUUUCAAGAAAUUUACUAACAGAUUGAUAGGAAGAUGAGUAUUUUUUUGUGAAUUGAUUCUCGAAGAAGUGUUUCUAAUUCCAGGCGCCAUGCAUUUUUUCCUUUGUUCCGAUGGCCUGCAUACGCACAUGCCUCUGAAGUUGAUCAAGGAACUGCAUCGGAAAGUUGGAUACGCCAUGCCCACGACCGCAAGCGCACAAGAUCAAACAGCGGAUAUUGCAAAACGACAUGGCGGCGAACAACAGAGUUUUCAUUCAGACAUUGUAGCAGCGGUUCGGAAUGUACAGGGAGGUGGUGAGCAGUCGCUGAGGACACAGACACCAGAAAUUGUAAGUUCUUUUGGUAAUCUUCAGACGGAGGUUAGCAUUUACGGAGUGUAUUGGUUGGAUAUAGUGGUCACGCCAUAAUGUUGAUGGUGGUGUUGUCAGAGCGAGAAGAACGAGCAGAAGGGGUGUUUUGACGAACAAGAAGAAUGAAGGGAUGAUUUGAUCUGUUUCCAGACUAACUGGUGGUUGCGGUUGUGUUUCCGCACUUUCCGACGCAGACGCACGUGGAUUUGUCGCAUCUAAUGACAGAGAACGAUACAUUCUCAUUUUGUUGUUCAUAUGGGCUUAGCUGAUACCGUGCACCAGACAGAUGGAUUUUUCUGAAUUGAUUGCGCAAUGGACAUGACUCAAUAAUGAUUUGUUUUUCAGACAUGAAAGUAGCGAUAGCCAUACUCACGCUUAG